AUGGGAGAUAACCUUCCUCCUGGUUUCAGGUUCUGCCCAACUGAUGAAGAACUCAUAGUUCACUUUCUUUAUAGUAAGGCAUCAAUCAUACCUUGCCAUCAAGACCUAAUUCCUGAUCUUGAUCUCUAUCCAUACAAUCCAUGGGAACUUAAUGGUAAGGCAUUGCAAGGAGGAAACCAAUGGUAUUUCUUUAGUAGAAGAACUCCAAACCGAAUUUCUACUAAUGGGUAUUGGAAAUCAAUGGGUAUUGAUGAACCUAUAGUCUCAAAUGAUAGUAAUAAGAAAGUGGGUAUGAAGAAGUAUCUUGUGUUCUACAUCGGCGAAGCUCCGGCCGGGAUCAAAACUAAUUGGAUAAUGCAAGAGUAUCGCCUUUCCGAUUGCGGUUCAAGUGGUAGAUCUCCCAAAAGAAGAGAAACUAAUAAACAAGAUUCAAGCAAAUGGGUUCUUUGUCGAGCUUAUGAGAGGAAAGGUGGUUCUCAAGGGGGAUUUUCUGAUGAAGAUGAUGAUGGUACAGAGCUUUCAUUCUUAGAUGAAGUUUUCUUGUCAUUAGAUGACCUUGAUGAAAUUAGUUUUCCUAAUUAAAUCCAAAAAUACUAUGAUCUAACUAAGCAACUUAUUAAGAUGUGUUUUUAUAUCCUUUUGAAGGGCUUAAUCCAAUUGUAACAUUGUAUUAAUUUUCCUAUUAGUAUGAGAAUC